AUGGAAGCUGUCUUCGUACGAGAGAACGCUUUGAAGUUGCACCAGCAUGUGGGACACCUGAAGAGGCCCACUGAUCUGAUUCGUCAUCUGGAGGAUGCUUUUUCGAAGUCAGAGGCCAAGCUGAGCAACUUCUCAGAACUCAAGCUCUCGGAGGCAGACCGCUGCUCAGUUCUGCUACAAAGUCUGAGUACCGAAGUAAGGCAGUACGUGGUGCUGCAUGGGUCCAGCGAGAGCUGGGACAAGCUUCGGCUCACCCUCACUUACUACGAGGAACAACUUAGACUUUGUGAAAUCCCCGGGUCUGCAGGCAGAGCUCUCCAGGAGAAGCUUUGCGACUACUGCGGGAAGAAGGGACACACUGCAGAAAGGUGCUGGCAGCGUCAGAGAGACGAGCGUGGUGGUGAUUCCAAGGGCAAAGGAAAAGGCGAGAAAGGAAAGUCUAAAGGAAAAGGCGACCAGACUCCGAAAGGAUCUGGGACGCCUCGUGGCUCUGAGAAGGGCAAAGGCAAAGGGAAAGGAGACUCCGGAAAGGACAAAGGCAAGGGGAAAGGAAAGAAGAAGAAAAAGGGAGCUGGAAAGGGUCGUGUUCUGAGUGCGCCUGAGAAGCCCCAGCCGGCAGCAAAGACUGUCGCGGAUCCUAGCCUGGAGUCCAUGGGCUCCCUCGGUAGCCGCUUUGCCAAGAAGGAGAGCAUGUCUCAUCUGUGCUCUUCGCUAGGAUUUCGUGUUGUCAAGAAGCACGAUCGAACGGCCAAUCUGUUCAAUGCCUCGGGUGGCUCGAUUGUCGUUUCGGGGGUUGUCGAUCUCGAGGUUCAUUUUGGCGAUGUUUUCCUUAGGCUUGAAGAGGUGUUGGUUGCCGAUGUGGGGUUCAAUGUGAUUUCCCCUUGGACGGGUGCCGAGCGGGGUUGGAAGACCUACUUGUCAAAGGCCGGUGCUCGGAUGUUCAAAGGAAACGGCAAGAAAAGCAUCAAGCUUGUGGGGGCCCAGCGCGCAUGGUGGGCACUUAGCGGAAGCUCGAAGGGUCGUGGUCGGGAGACUUCUUCUAAACGCCCCCCGAAAGGGACGGAGGCCAUGGAGGUAGACUCCUUGAAGGACAGCGACCUGCCAGGAUCGACUCCUGGUUCCCUCGCAGGACCCAAGAAGCGCGGAGAAGGGAUCCUGAAGAAAG